AGCUCAGAUAUCGAUAUAAACAUGGCGUCGUGUUUCAGACUUCUGCUUUUAUCGCCCCCAAAUGCCUAAACGUCUACACCCAAAAGGAAUGUUAAUUCCUAUAAUUUAAAACUUAUUUCGUUGAAACCGUGCUUUUUCCGAUGAAAUUUCAAUUAAUUCGCUGGUGCACAACAUGAAGGAGAUGGUUGGUGGGUGUUGUGUAUGCUCCGAUGAUCGGGGCUGGACGGAAAAUCCAUUGGUAUACUGCGACGGAGGAGGAUGUACUGUUGCUGUCCAUCAAGCUUGUUAUGGAAUUGUAACGGUACCCUCAGGGCCGUGGUUUUGCAGAAAAUGUGAAUCCCAAGAGAGGGCUGCUAGAGUGCAGAGAUGUGAAUUGUGUCCUAGCAAAGACGGUGCUCUAAAACGCACAGACACUACUACUACAGGUUGGGCACAUGUUGUUUGUGCUCUGUACAUCCCUGAAGUCAGAUUUGGUAAUGUUUCAACCAUGGAGCCCAUAAUUUUGAGCAUGGUUCCUCCAGAAAGAUUCAACAAGGGCUGCUAUAUUUGUGAAACUCAAGGAAGAGAAUCAAAAUCUAAAAUUGGAGCUUGCAUGAACUGCAAUAAACAAGGGUGUAAACUCCAUUUCCAUGUUACUUGUGCCCAAGCUCAGGGAUUGCUUUGUGAAGAGGCUGGAAACUACAUGGACAAUGUGAAAUAUUGUGGAUAUUGCCCACACCAUUAUGGAAAGCUGAAAAAGGGCGCUAACUUGAAAACGAUUCCAGCGUUUAAACCUUUACCUCCAGUUGGUGCACCUGUCGAUCCCAAUGCUUCUGAAAAGUCUCUCCCGAUUCAGGCUGGCGGGUCAAGUUGGGGUGGACAACCUCCUCCUGCCAACAGUGGCAAUGGAUCAAAGGAGAAGCAGCGUAAAAAACCUGGUAGAAAAUCAACCACCCAAGCGUCUCCCAAGGCUGGCAAUAAUCGGGAAUCUUCAUCCGUCAUCGUUGAGGGGCCCAGUGCAAAUGAUGACUCUAAGAUGAAAUCGUCUAAGAAUGAAGGACUUCCUUUUGCCAAUGUACUUGCUGGGGUUGGUUUAGUACCCGGCCCAAGGGUGUCGAUGAAUGAUCAAAACAACAGUGGUGUAGUAAACAGACACGAACCUAGUGACAACUUUAAACAGGAAAAUGCCCGUAACUCGGAAACAUCCUCUGCGAGCGGAAUGAAAAAGAACGACAAAUUUAACGACAGCUCCAAACUUUCAGGCAGCAUUCCUUCUACUUUCGUAGAAGGACCAAAUACGACAAACAAAUUGGAUAAAAGUCGAACGUCUCGUCGAAAAGUUUCCAUUCGUUCAGCAAGCCCAACCAGCCAAGGCGGCAAUGACACAGAAUCUACACUAUCGAACAUAUCAGAUACAGGUCAUGCUUCAGCUUCAGAGCAGUUCUUGGUUAGUGAACAAUGUACCAAAGGCUCGGUAACUGUCAAAGUUGAGACCCCUAUCGCAUCUGAAGCCAAUUCAUCGAUGGUUCACAGUGUUAUAGUUUCUAGUGCGUCUGCUGUUCCGUCGGAAAACUCCAGCACUCUGGUGCAGUCAUCACAACCAGUCCCUCAGCGAGCCGUCUCUCCCUUGAUUAUCUCCGCGUCGACUAGUGGCAGUAGUCAAAUUCACAUGGAUCAGGCAAAAUCGAAUUACGACGACGCGUAUCAAAGUGUGGGGAAGGAGUCGAGACCACUUCCGCCAGCAGUGCCGGCCAAGAAACCUCGGAGAGGGCGUGCCCCCAAAGUGAGUAUUCCUGUAGUGCCGGACUCACCACCCAGUAGUCCCGAUUCUGCCGGAGUUGAACAGCAACCCAAAAGGAGGAAAAAAGCUACAAAAAGCACACCUUCCACAAACGAAGAACAACAUCGCUUACCGGCAGCAAUUAAUCGCCAGGGAGAUAAUUUCAUGCCUGCUCAUGUCAACCAACAAACAUCACAAGCUACUGAGAAUAUGCGAAGGGAUAGUCCUUCUCAGAAUCAAUUGCCCAGAGAGAAUCUUAACGCUAGUAAGGCACAAGAGCCUCCACUGCCUCCAGUUAUAACAUCUUUUCCAACGAUCCCUGUCAUGAAUUCUGGAACAAAAGAUCUCAACCAAUAUAAGGAUAAUCCAAGUUCCUCCAUCCAUGGCAAGGAAAACAGUCACUACCUCAUUCGAAAUGGCAUUACCGCACCGCAUAUGUUGGGAAAUCAAUUGAAUCCUAAUUCUAGUGUCGCUCAGAAAAUGACGGACACAUUGGUCGCCGAAGUGGAAGCCCACAGUGUUACGGGUGAAUCUUCCCCGAUUAGUACCACAAACCUGAUUGGAGUACCUUUUCCGCUACGCACCGUUUCUCCGUCGUUAAAGGUGCCGUCAAGUGGCGGUGCUCCUUCUUUCCCGCACAGUCUGGAACAACUUUUGGAGCGACAGUGGGAGCAAGGAAGCCAGUUUUUAAUGGAACAAGCUCAGCACUUUGACAUUGCUUCAUUGCUGUCCUGCCUGCACAAUCUCAAGGAAGAGAAUAUGCGACUCGAGGAUCACGUUGCCAAUCUGCAUAGAAGAAGAGACCAUUUAUUAGCUGUCAAUGCCAGACUGUCUGUACCACUUCAGUCCAGCCAAAUGGCUUAUGCGACUACCGUUGCUAAUACGUCUGAUAGAUCUACACCGGGUCCAGGGCAUCCAGCUAUCCACGUAGCACUACGCUCUUCUCCGCAAGAACGAGAGCGCAAUAAUCGGGGAACGCUUUACAUGCCUCAUAUGGAGAACGGAAUCAGCAUGACUGAACAUUUGUCAGCCUCUAUGGCAGGAAAUGCGUUUUCCAUGGCACACGGUAACCAUAGAAGUCCCGCUAGCUCGAGUCAUCAGAGCGAUCGUGUUCUACCCAGUCCGGUCAUUGUUUCUUCGAGAAUGAAUUCCGUUUACCAUCCGGUUCUUUCCGGCGGAGCCAUAAGUAUACCAUCGACCAUGUCACCGGUUCAGGGAUCGUCCAGCUUCAUGUCUGAAAGCAGAAAUCUAACAGUGCUUCGUAGCCCAUCUUCAACGCCGGAGAUGCGUCCUGAAGUAGCCCGAAGCACACCUUCUCAACCACAAUCAUCGUACCCUUAUGUGUCGCCACCUUUAUCAGCCCCUACCCACCAUCCAGGUUCUUACUCCGGCAUGACAAUGACUCAAUCGAAUUCAUCGAGUCAACAGAUUAUGAAUGCCAGGCGCGAAGGUUCCGAUUCACGACAUCCUGUCGGCAGACCAAGUCCCAUCGAACGCCGAUGAUUCGGGUUGUUCUCUGGUUUCCCUUAUUUUGUUGUCCUCAGAUUUCGUUCACAAUCACCGGUUCUCGUUCGAUCCGGUUCCAAUCUCCUUUACACAGUUAUGUUUCCCCUUAUCCGUAUUUUUAAAAUAGUAGCGCGCGCGUCUUAGUGGUUUCGUUGUGUCUUGUUAUUCCUUUUCCUGUCGUAACAUUCAUCGCGAGGAAUUUGUUCAGUUGUUUUUUAGUUUGCUUCAGUAUUACGAAUCUACGUUGGAAAACACAGGUCAUCUGGCAACCCGAAUGUAGAGGAAGGCCGAAGGAAAUGACGCGAAACAUGUCCGUCGUUUGGUGGACUGCCUCUGAUCCAAUUAUGCCAACAAGCUGCCUGCUGCAAUGCUUUUGUCUCUUCUCGCCCACCGCGCCCUGUUUUGAACGAAAAAUGUACAAACGAAAAACGCGAUUCGUGCCCUCUCACGCCUUUGACCAUACCACAAUCCACUUUUCAUUGUGUUUCUUCUUCUUUUUUAAGCAAACAAGAAAAACACUGUUCCGACAGAUCUCGUGUCAUCAGUCUACGCGGAUCUUUGUUUACAAAAUCCGCUUGCAGGUCCGUACUUCCUCCGUUUUGAUCAAUGCUCCUUCAAACUUUUUUAAAGAAAAAAUUGUCUACCAAUUCAGAAAAUAGUAAAAAAAAAAAAAGUGUCCAUGUCGUGGUUAACGUGAAUCGAAAUGUCAAGAACAUUUUUUUGUUCUUAUGUGUAAACAAGAAAAAGCACUACGGGUCGCGUCUCACGGACCAGUCCAUCUCAGUUGUGUUCCCUCUUUCUUCUUCUCUUUGUUCGAUCGUUUUUUCUGUCUUUCUUGUUUUUAGUGCAGUCUGCCAUUUUUCUAGACAUGUUGAGUGAACGACUCGUAGAGUUUUUGCUUUCAAUUCGUUUUGUCAAAAUUGUUUACGUUAUUUCAUCUGUUUUUCCCCCCUCGUGCCGUGCGCACCUGUCUCUUCCAAAUUCUCUGUCCAAAGCUUCAUGUCACACGAAUUCUACGUUGUCUUGACCCCCCCCCCCCGUUCUAUUGUUUUUGCUACCCUAAACUAACUUUCUUUUCCCUCUUCAGUCUGAAAAAAAGUGUUGACAGUUUUUUCCCGCAAAUCAAUGUCAUUUUUCAAUCCGGCGAAAAAGUUUUUUUUAAAGAAACCCCAAAUUUGGUCUAAUAAAAGAUUCUAUGCCAUUUCUUUUAUUCAA